GUUGGAGCUAUGGGAAACCUUUAUAUGUAGUAGUCUUCAACUGUUCACAUAUCCGGAAUUCCUAUCUCCCUAUGUUUCGAUCUUUGCCUCGCACACUGAAACCUAUAAUAGUUCCUUUUCCACCCCAAAUUCGGCCCACUCCACGCGGAAUAUAUCAUCUCAGAAUGUCUUCGACGUCCGCUACCGACCCGACCCCACGGCUGAGCAAUGUGCUGGCCAAAAGCAAAUCACCGUAUCUGUUGCAACACAAGGACAAUCCUGUAGCUUGGCAGGAGUGGUCUCCGGAAACUAUUGCUCUGGCUCAGAAGCUUGACAAGCCCAUCUUCCUUUCUUCAGGCUACUCAGCAUGUCACUGGUGUCAUGUGUUAGCCCAUGAAUCUUUUGAAGAUGAAGAGACUGCCAAAAUGAUGAAUGAGUGGUUUGUCAAUAUCAAGGUGGAUAGGGAGGAGAGGCCGGAUGUGGAUCGAAUGUAUAUGAGCUACCUGCAAGCUGUAUCUGGAGGUGGCGGCUGGCCCAUGUCAAUCUUCAUGACCCCGAAGCUUGAACCCUUCUUUGCUGGAACAUACUUCCCACGACCCAAUUUCCAUCAACUUCUCAACAAAAUACAUGAGGUGUGGGAAGAAGACCGUGAAAAGUGCGAGAAAAUGGGAAAGGGCGUUAUUGAAGUCUUGAAAGAUAUGAGCCAUACUGGCCGUACUUCAGAAUCCCUCUCUCAACUCCUCGCAAGCUCUCCUGCUUCCAAACUCUUUUCCCAGUUAUCAACUAUGAAUGACACUCGCUACGGCGGUUUCACCAACUCUGGCUCCUCCACCCGAGGCCCCAAGUUCCCUAGCUGUAGUAUCACUCUCGAACCCCUCGCACGUCUCGCAUCCAUUCCAGGUGGAGGUGCGAGAAAUGCCGAAAUCCGGGAAGAUGCAAGAGAGAUGGGAAUGAAGAUGCUUAGGUCAAUGUGGUCUGGCGGGAUAAGGGACUGGGUUGGAGGUGGAAUGGCGCGGUACAGUGUGGAUGAGAAAUGGAUGGUUCCGCAUUUUGAAAAGAUGCUAUACGACCAAGCACAGCUUGUUUCGUCUUGUCUUGAUUUUGCCCGUCUUUAUCCUGUCGACCAUCAGGAUAGGUUGCUUUGUUACGAUUUGGCGGCAGAUAUCCUCAAGUACACCUUGAGGGAUCUGAAAUCGCCAGAGGGUGGGUUCUGGAGCGCGGAAGAUGCUGACUCGGCAGAAUACAAGGGUGCGAAGAAGAGUGAGGGAGCAUUUUACAUCUGGAAGAAGACCGAGAUCGACGAAGUCCUGGGUGAUGACGCCCCAUUGUUCAAUUCAUUCUUCGGUGUUCAGCCUGACGGGAAUGUUGACAUCAUUCACGAUUCCCAUGGCGAAAUGCGAGGCAAAAACAUUUUGCAUCAACAUAAGACCUACGAGGAGGUUGCGCUUGAGUUUGGCAAGCGGGAAGAUCAGGCGAAAGGUAUUAUCAUUCAAGCUUGUGAGAAACUCAGGUUAAAGAGAGAGGAAAGGGAGAGACCGGGUCUUGAUGACAAAAUCCUCACUGCCUGGAAUGGCCUGAUGCUCACAGCUUUAUCGAAAGCGUCAACCCUUCUUCCGCCAUCCUAUGGUAUUAGAUCUCAAUGCCUUCCCGCGGCUUUAGGCAUCGUCAACUUUGUGAAAUCUCACAUGUGGGACUCUUCCACACGCACCUUGACAAGAAGUUAUCGGGAGGGCAAAGGACCCCAAGCCCAAACUGAUGAUUACGCGUUCCUUGUUCAAGGUCUUUUGAACCUGUACGAGGCUACUGGAGAUGAGAGUCAUGUUCUCUUUGCUGAGGAACUCCAGAAAAGGCAAGACGAAUUGUUCUGGGAUGAUCAUGAUGGAGGGUACUUUGCGAGUGCGGAGGAUGCGCAUGUUCUGGUGAGGAUGAAAGAUGCUCAGGACGGUGCGGAGCCCUCUGCAGCGGCGGUGUCAGCACACAACCUCUCCCGCUUUUCACUUCUGCUCUCAUCCGAGUUUGAAAACUAUGAAGCUCGUGCCGAAGCGACUUUCCUCAGCAUGGGACCCCUCAUUACUCAGGCACCGAGAGCAGUGGGAUACGCUGUAUCUGGGUUGAUCGACCUUGAGAAGGGAUACAGAGAGGUCAUUGUCAUCGGGUCUGCCAGUGAUGAAGUGGUAAAGAAGUUCUUGGAAGCUGCUCGAAAGACGUAUUUCUCCAACCAGGUCAUCGUUCAAAUCCAACCGGAGAACCUGCCUAAAGGACUUGCGGAGAAGAACGAGGUGGUGAAGGCUUUGGUAAAUGAUGUAGAGAGUGGGAAGGAAAAAGGAGCGAGUUUACGAGUGUGUGAGGGGGGCACAUGCGGUUUGCCCGUAAAAGAUUUGGAGGGGGCAAAGAAUUUGUUGAAGGGUGUGUAGGUACCUUCUUGUGUCUUUUAAAAAUUAAUGUAUCGCUAUUGGCUGUU